GUUAAUACGAACUUAUAUAUUUUCUGUUAUUAAACAGUAAUGCAUACACAAAUCAUUUCUUUCGUUUGACAGAAAAGUUAAGUAGUGUUGAUAAGAAAGGAUGCAUUCAAAACAUUCAGUAUUAUUUGUUGUCAUCCAAUUCACAGAAAUAAUUUACUCUUUGAAUAUGGAAGACGUUUGUUCGGCUGAGGAUGACACGUGUAAGAAACCAAAUCUGUCUGGAGUCGGUGAGAUCGAAAAGGGUAAAUGCUCCUUGGCAGGAGUACUUCUUAGAUUUCGCCAACUGUCACUGCUUGAAUGUGCUAAGGAAUGUUUCAUUACGUCAAACUGCACGUCUAUUAAUUACAGACAAAAUUGGAAACUAUGUGAUCUUGUGAUGUCUAAUGCCAUUAGAAACGAAAUUGCCGACGACUCGACCUGCAUCAAAAGUAACAUAACAACAUGGGAAAAGUCAUUGGCAGGAAAAUGUGCCGGCCACAACUGUGAAGAAGGGCAAAAGUGUGAAUUAAAUGCCGAUGACACCAAAUAUAAAUGCGUAAAAGCAUAUUGUAAAGGUUUACCGAAUACACCAAAUGCUGAACUCCAAGAACCGUUCGGACUGCGGCGAGAUUUAGAUACUGGAAAUAAAUUUAAAUGUGGCUAUGGUUAUAAGAUGGCGGGAAAACCGUUUGCCGUCUGUAAAAGUCCUGGAAAAUGGACAGUUUUGUUCAACUGCACAUCAGCCAAAGAGUGUGCCUCAAAUGAAAUCCUGUUUGACGGAGAAACGACCACUUGUAUAAAGUUAGUAUCAACAAGAGGAACUACAUGGAAGAACGCAAGAAAAUAUUGUCAAGAACAAGAAGGUGGUGACUUAGUAAGCAUAAUAUCAAAGGCAAAAUGGGAUUUCAUCACAAAAAGCUUUAGUAACGUUAGAUCUGUAUGGAUAGGGCUAAAAGAUAAAACAUGGAUGACCGGCGAAAGUUUCAGCAACAUUUACGGGGUGACGAUACAACUGAAUAAUUAUGAUAGUGGUUAUCCUUUACAAGUUAACAAAAACUCAUGCGGCAUACUAGCGCCAUUGUCAACUGUUCCACUCCAAGAUGAAAACUGUAAUAUUCGAGAAAGGCCAAGUUUUCUUUGUGAAAUCAUUAUGUCGCAAAAUUAGAUAUAUUAUUUAUUAAUUUUUAAAUGAAUAUAAAUAAACUCAUCAUAGAUAUCAGAAUUCAAAUUUUGUACGACGGACUACAAAAGACUCAAUAGUGACGCUCAAAACAAAUUAAAAAAGCCCAAUAAAGUAC